AUGAAGGAUGUGAAUUGUGGCAAUUGGCAGAUUGCAAUGCGUGAAGAAAUGGAUGCAUUAACCAGAAAUCAGACGGGAUUUGGUGCCACUACCACCUCACAGGAAGCAUGGGAUCUUGAGCUUGAACAACUAGAUGUGAAGACAACAUUUCUACAUGGCGACAUUAAUGAAGAUCUAUUUAUGCAUCAGCCUGAAGGAUUUGUUAAGAAGGGUCGGGAACAUCUUUAUUGCAGGACUGGAGUACCUGCACGUGGCUGCACCCCAAAAAUCAUUCACAGAGACAUAAAAAAGGCAAACAUCCUUUUUGAUGAUAACUUUAAUGGCAAACUGGCUGAUUUCGGACUGUCAAGAAAAGCAACGGAUGACGAGGCUUCUCAUGUUUUCACUGAUGUGAAAGGAACUGCCGGAUAUUUGGAUCCCAAGCAUUUUAGCACCCACAUGUUGACGGACAAGAGUGAUGCGUAUAGCUUUGGGGUGGUUCUGCUAGGGAUCAUAUGCGGCAGGAGACCUGUUGAUUUUCGACAGUCUGAAGAAAAAGUUGACUUGGUCAAAUGGUAUUUUGAGCAGUCUAAAGAUUCGGUGGAAGUAUUAAAAAUGGUAGACAAGGAGCUGCUCGGAGAUGACAACCACAAAUCUAUUACUAGUGUAAUCAAAUUAGCCAUGAAAUGUAUCGCAGAGGAGCCAGCGUGUAGGCCCAGUAUAAGUGAGGUGGUGAUGGAGAUUAAAAAGGCUAUGAUAUAUGAGAAUGACAAUACUGCAUCGAAGCUUGAUGUGUCAGAAGAGAUUGUUGUCUAA